AUCACAUCGCGUAUAUAAAUAAAUCGCGGUUCAUUAUUAGUCGAUCGCAUUUAAUUUUCUAAGCGAUAGAAGACAUGACCAACGUACCAACGUUGCCUCUCGGGUCCUACCAAAUACCCAUUGUUGGUAUUGGAACAUUAACAGUGACCGAUGAAGAUGCACUGGAAAAAAUGUUGAACACUGCUUUGGAGGCCGGUUAUAGACAUUUCGACACAGCAUACUUAUACAGGAACGAACAUCUUAUCGGCAAAGUCCUUAACAAGUGGUUUACAUCGGGAAAGGUCAAAAGAGAAGAUAUCUUCAUAACAACAAAAUUGCCAGGGGAGGGUAUCUACCCAGAGGGGGUGGAAAAAUUCCUGAAGGAAUCACUGGCUGCCCUACAGUUGGACUAUGUAGACCUAUACCUAGUUCAUUCCCCAAUUCGAAUCAAACCGUUGAACGGCAAAGGAUUUGAAGCAGCAGAAGGAUUGCCUACGGAUCAUAUAGGCGUCUGGCGUGAAUUGGAGAAGCAGGUGAAGGCAGGUCGUGCCAAAACCAUCGGCGUCUCGAAUUUCAAUCAGAGACAAGUGGAGAGGCUUCUAAAAGUGGCGGAAAUUAAACCAGUCUGCAAUCAAAUCGAAUUGAACGUGUAUCUACCUCAACCUCAAUUCGUGGAGUUCCUCCAAGCAAACGGAAUCGUCGUGGUUUCGUAUUUUUCGUUAGGAAAUCCUGGAGUGAGAGAACAGAGAGUUGAAUCGGGUUGGUGGCCAGCUGGUGUACCUGACAUGUUGACCGAUACCACAAUAAAUCGAAUAGCUGUCAGGCACAAUAGAACGCCGGCUCAGAUUUUGCUGAAAUCUCUGGUUCAAAAGAAAAUCGUUGUGAUCCCGAAAAGUGUCACGCCCAGCAGGAUAAGGGAAAAUUUGCAGCUGUUUGAUUUUAACCUAGACGCGGAAGACGUGGAAGCUAUAGCUGGGAUAGCGAUCGGCGAGAAAGCAAGAUUGAGCCAGAUAAAACGGUUGCAAGAUCACCCGGAAUAUCCCCAUCCCGUAGUAGAAGCCUAGUCAAAAGAGAUGCCUCCGCAUUUUUGUUAUAAAUAUUUAACUAAUAAAUGCGUACAUUGAA